CACCCACCACCCGUCUGAGCCUGACAAAGGGGGUAGAAAUAAGCCCGACCUAACGGCAGGAAGACACUGUUUGCUUCACAGGGCUGGACGUUUGUUCAUAUCUUGCUUCACUGGAGUCAUGGCUCAAUCUGUGGACAUUGAACGCUUGGACCUGGAGUGCCAGUUUAACAACACCGACCAUCGGACUGAUCUGAACGGCGUGGACAGGCUCAUCGUGAGGAGAGGCCAGCCCUUCACCAUCAGCCUGUACCUGCGCUCGGGAAGCUUCCAGCCUGGCGUCAGCUCCCUCAGCUUUGUAGCAGAAACAGGUCCUCAACCCUCUGAGCAGUAUGGCACCAGAGCCUCCUUUGGACUGUCUCCAGACGUCGACACUUCCCGCUGGAGCGCUGCAGUCACCAGUCCUCCUGGAGACAUGGUGGCCCUGCAAAUCUGCUCCUCCCCCAAUGCACCCAUUGGCCGCUACACCCUGACUGUGGGACAGUCGAAGAUUGAAUUUAUACUGCUCUUUAACCCUUGGUGCCCAGCGGAUGACGUGUUUCUGGACGAUGAGAAGAGUUUGGAAGAGUAUGUCUUGUCACAGGAUGGAAUCAUCUUUCGAGGGAGCCACCAGUUUCCUCAACCCACACCCUGGAAUUUUGGCCAGUUUGAAAGUGGAAUCCUGGAUAUCUGUCUGAGGAUUCUGGAUUCCAACCCUAAGUACUUGCGUAAUCCGGGAAAAGACUGUUCAGGAAGGAGAAAUCCCAUUUAUGUGUCCCGUGUGCUGAGUGCUAUGGUGAAUUGUAAUGAUGACAAGGGGGUGUUGCUUGGGAAAUGGUCAGGUGGCUACGAUGGCGGUGUGAGUCCUUUUCUUUGGCGGGGAAGUGUGGAAAUUCUCCGUAACUGGGACUCCCAAGCAUGUCAGCCAGUACGCUUUGGACAGUGCUGGGUCUUUGCGGCAGUGGCCUGUUCAGUCUCCAGAGCUCUGGGCAUACCUUGCAGAGUCGUAACAAACUUCCUGUCUGCACACGACACCAACAGCAACCUGACCAUUGAGCGCUACAUUGAUGAAAAUGGGGAGCUAGUCCAGUCCAGAGACAUGAUCUGGAAUUUUCACUGCUGGAUUGAGAACUGGAUGACCAGGCCUGACCUUAAAGCUGACUUUAACGGCUGGCAGGUCAGUGACCCCACACCCCAGGAAAAAAGUGAAGGAGUGUACUGCUGCGGCCCCAUCCCUGUGAAGGCCAUCAAAGAAGGCGAGCUUACCUUCAAAUAUGAUGCUCCCUUUGUGUUUGCUGAGGUCAAUGCCGAUGUCGUCACAUUCAUGAAGAAAAAAGACGGCAGCACCUCCAAGGUUACUACAGCUACUGUGGUAGGUCAGAAGAUCAGCACAAAGAAAGUGGGAAGUGAUGCCAGAGAAGACAUCACUCAUCUCUACAAGUACCCUGAAGGAUCUGAUGAGGAACGGGAAGCUUUUACGAAGGCCAACCACCAGAACAAGCUGCUCCAGCAGCUUCAGAAUGAUGGCCUCCACCUCGCCAUCAAAGUGACAUCUGACAUGAAGAAGGGCUGUGACUUUGACGUGUUUGCUGUCGUUACUAACAACACACAAAGUGAGAAGAUGUGUCGCCUGGUGUUUGGAUCCUGUGCUGAGUCCUAUAAUGGCACUCUGGGGGAGAACUGUGGAUUUAAGGACCUGCUCAAUGUGGGCCUCUCACCAGGUGCAGAAAGACGAAUUCCACUGAGGCUGAACUAUUCCAAGUACGGCAGCCAUCUCACAGAGGACAACCUGAUUCGUCUGGCAGCUCUGGUGGUGGACUACUCCACAAAGGAGGCCAUACUGGCAGUGAGACAUAUUGUGCUGGAGAAUCCAGAAAUCAAAGUCAGAAUCCUGGGAGAGCCAAAGGAGAACAGGAAGCUUGCUGCGGAGAUCACCUUGCAGAACCCGCUACCAGAACCGCUGGAGAACUGCUGCUUCAGCAUCGAGGGAGCCAACCUGACCGGCGGACACGUCCUUUCUGAAAGGCUGAGCUCCACUGUGGGACCCGGUGAAGACGCCAAAGUGAAAAUCUACUUCACUCCCAGCCACUCGGGGCUGAGGAAGCUCGUGGUCGACUUUGACAGUAACAAACUGUGUCACGUCAAAGGCUACAGAAACGUCAUCAUUGGAAAGUAAAGCCUCGAUAAUUGUCAUUAAAAUGUUUGCAGUAUAGCAAUAAACAAAUGCAUAAUCAAUGUAAAACCUGCAUGCAAA